GUUGUUGGCAGCGAGCUGGGCGUCAGAGGAUUAUAUCAAAUAAAAUAAAAAAUUCACUGCAAUUUAAACGCCAGACCCGACAAAUUACAAUUCACAUCAGCUAAGGAGGAACCCGCGCCUUUUCCUCGUUGAUAAGUAUCUUUUGGAGAAAAACAUCUGCCAGGAUUUGCGCAGGAAAACAGCCUACUCCAAGCGAGCAACGAUUAUCUGUAUUUACCAUCCGCACAAAAAAGAGAAACAAUACGUUUCGGGGAGAGCUCAGUGGCAAUAGAGGAUGAAAUGAGAAAGAGAAAGGAGUAUUCUGCUUGAACUUGUUAUACAACCUCAAAUCACUGGACGGAUAUUUUGUAUGUUUCUCUUACAAUUGAUUCGGGAAACACUGAAAAAGUCUAAAACGACUGGGAAACACACAAGCGGGUUACCAGUAUGCUAUGAUAUUCUAACCCUGUCCUUGAAGAAGAAGAUGGCUGCAGAACUGUACCCUGCGACCAACAACGGUACUACGGUGACCGGCACUGACAAGAAAAGCAAUGUGCAGGUCACCCAGUCAACAACCACUGCAACAACACCGACCACCCAGCAAAACAUAAACAACAACAACGUCGAACCUCCGAGCUGGCAGUCCUCUCACCCCACGCUACGGGAGAGGAACGCCUUGAUGUUCAACAAUGAACUCAUGGCCGAUAUCCAUUUCAUUGUUGGUCCCUUCGGUGAAUCUAAGAAAGUUCCAGCGCACAAGUAUGUGCUGGCAGUGGGUAGCUCGGUCUUCUGUGCCAUGUUUUACGGGGAUCUUGCAGAGGAGUCGUCCGAAAUCCAUAUCCCAGAUGUAGAACCUGCUGCUUUUCUAAUUCUGCUGAAGUACAUGUACAGUGAUGCGAUAGACCUGGAGGCCGACACCGUGCUGGCCACCCUGUACGCUGCCAAGAAGUACAUUGUACCCGCCCUGGCCAAGGCCUGCGUCACCUUCCUGGAGACUAGCCUGGAGGCCAAGAACGCCUGUGUGCUGCUGUCCCAGAGCCGUCUGUUUGAGGAGCCCGAGCUGACGCGGCGUUGCUGGGAGGUGAUUGACGCGCAGGCCGAGCUGGCCCUGGGCGCAGAGGGCUUCUGUGAGAUUGACCUGCAGACCCUGGAGAUCAUCCUGCAGAGAGAGACCCUCAACACCAAGGAGAUGGUGGUCUUUGAUGCGGUCAUGAGUUGGGCCACAGCAGAGUGUAAUAGGCAAGGACUGGGAGAAACCACCCGCAACAAGAGAUCUGUCCUGGGCAAGGCACUCUACCUGGUGCGCAUCCCCACUAUGACCCUGGAAGAGUUCGCUGAUGGGGCAGCCCAGUCAGACAUCUUGACACUGGAGGAGACGCAUGACGUCUUCCUGUGGUACACAGCGGCCACCAAGCCCAAACUGGACUUCCCACUGGCACGGAGGCAGGGUCUGGCACCCCAGAAGUGCCACCGCUUCCAGUCGUCAGCCUACCGGAGCAACCAGUGGCGCUACAGGGGCCGCUGUGACAGCAUCCAGUUUGCAGUGGACAAGCGGAUCUUUAUUGCUGGACUGGGCCUGUACGGGUCAAGUGGUGGGAAGGCAGAGUACAGCGUCAAGAUUGAAUUGAAGCGUCAACGGGUGACCCUAGCACAGAACCUGACCAAGUUUGUAUCGGAUGGAUCAAGCAGUACAUUUUCCGUAUGGUUUGAAAACCCGGUUCAGGUGGAGCAGGAUGUCUUCUAUACGGUGAGUGCCGUGCUGGACGGGAAUGAGCUGAGCUAUUUUGGCCAGGAGGGCAUGACAGAGGUACAGUGUGGAAAAGUGACAUUUCAGUUCCAGUGCUCCUCGGACAGUACCAACGGGACUGGGGUGCAGGGGGGACAGAUCCCAGAGCUGGUAUUCUAUGCAUAAACUGAACUGGUCAUAACAGACAAGUAGAGGACAUAUGGACUGUACAUCCAUAUGUUUAAGCCUUCUAAAUAAUGUAGCAUUAAGACACUACGGUAUGUCACUAAACAAAAUACUAUUUUUAAGUGAAGGAAUGCUGUUCUUAUUUAUUUUAAACUUAUUUUAAUUAUUAACUGCAAAAAGCAGUCCCUUGUAAAAAGUCGUAUUGCACUUGUGGACAGCCUCUGCAAUGUUUUAUUUGUACAUAAAGUACGGUUAUAUGGUUUGCGGCUUGAUGCUGAUCAAUCCUGAUGUUCUGUGCGAGAGCUUAUGAACCUGCAGAAAAUCAUAAAAGUUGUGCGAGAUAAGCCACAGAUGUUGCUGCUCAUUAUAUAACUCGCUUGCAUGUGUGAAAUUUGUUUGAGGGAUUAUUUUGUUGUUAGAGCACCCUCUAGGUACACAGAUGAGUGCUACAGGCAGGUUGGUAAAAGUGAUGUGGUCAAACCUUCAUGAUGCCUUUGUUGGAGCUAAGUCACUAAUUUGACCACCUUUAAUAAGUGGUAAAUAGGUUUGGUUCUCAGUAGCAAGACAAAACUUAAACAGCAUUUCUCCAAAAAAGACAUUCAACAGUAUGGUUCU